GAAGGAAAGUGACCGAAGGAAGAGGAGCCAGGAGAGGUUUCGCAGAAGGCGACGGUGAUUUGUCGCACGUGCAUUGCAUACUUUAAACGUAAGACACGACUAUCCCGUCGUGAGAAGCCUCGGGACUUGAGUGGUGACCCAGCGUUGCCUCGACGCAGUCGCACCGAUCUAGGGCAUUUAACGAGAGUGAGAGUGACAGAGAUCGACCGAGAAGAGGGACGUCGAGGAGAUGAACGGAAUGAAAGCCGUGAAGUCCGCGGCCCUUGGUGGCUACCGCUCGAUCGGCUUGUUCGCAGGCCGUGCGGCUGUGGCGGCCGGCCUGAGGGCGAGCUAUCCGGCCAUCGCGACCGUAUCCGUCGAGGGAGGACCGUCCAUGUCCAUUUGCUCUCUCGAUAAGGGAUCUCAGGAGGCGUCUCCUGUGUCGGCCGUUCAGAAGCCUUGGUGGGAGGAGGAGCAGGAGGUCGUCCCCCUCGAAUCGCUGGAUCCAGCCCCAAGGCUCGUCUUCGGGCCCGUUCCGACGCUGGAGGAGGCCAAGGAGGCGACUUCCGAUCUGGCAGUUACCCUCAAGGAAAUGUAUCCUUCUCUGAUUCUGAGUCAUUCUUCCACUGAAGUUCCUCAUGCGUCGUUCAUGUUUGAAGCUCCAGUAGCUGUUCCAUCUAUUCCCAGACAUGUUGCUCAAGCAUUUGAAUUGUUGCAAGGAAACCCUCAAGUCCAGGUUCCUAAUUUUUUUUACAGUUUAAAAUUUCAAGCAGCAUUUAUGGUGUGCAUAUACCAAGUGCAUUCAAGUUUGGACUGUAUAGUUAUUACAAGGAUCAAAGGUGCAAGUAAUGUUUGUUCAGUACUUAUACUUAAUUUAUCAACAUAAGGUUGUAUUUUUCCUCACUUUUGUAUCUGUUCUCAUCAGUUUAUGCCGAGUGUAGAGAUGUCAUCCAACGAUCUGAUUCGUUUUAUUUUUCCAUGUAAUCUUCUGUGUAUAAUUAUUUACCUCAUAAUAAUUACACUUCUUUGAUGGCUCUUCCAUCAGAGUGUGGUAGCUUCAAUUGCCGCUGACAAGAAUGUUUGGGCUGCCGUAAUGAACAACCCAGAAGUUACAGAAUUCUACGAGACUCACAAGUCAAUCAUCUACCCUCCUGAAUCAUCAUGCUUUGUCACUGAGGUGCCCAUGGCUGACGAAGAUCACAAAUCGUCUACUACCAAACCAACUAAAAUUUCACAGUUCAUGAACUUGAUUCAUAGGGCGAAAGAAAAAAUGGUAGAAGUAGUGAUCAACAUAUCCACCUUCAUGCAGGAUUUUCUUGAUCCUAAAAAAGCUGGCAACGAGCAGGAUAAGUCAUUCUUCAACUCCAGUUUUGGAUCAUCUCUUAUGGCUCUAGCAAUUGCAACAAUUCUGGUGAUCUUGUUUAAGAGAGCAUAGGCUGGCAUCAUCUUCAAGGUCAUCAUCAUCAAUAUAUCUCCAUUAAAUAAAACGGUAAAUUGACACGCUACACGUAAAACGCACCUUGUCUCUGUGUUUGAAUCUCUCGAAUCAAUAUGCUAUUCUGAAAAGUUUCAGACUACUGUUGCUGGGGUGAAUAUGUAAGAAUUUAUAUAAAUGUCAUGCAUUAAGUGUUUAGUUGCCAUUGCAGGUAUUACAUAACUUACAAUCUAUCUAGACCAAUUCUUUAACUGUUUAGAAGGUAAUGACGAUAACUCAAUGCAGAUUAUUUUGACGAAAAAUGGUCCCUUGGUAAGUGUUCACUUGCAGAUUACUUGGACCCAUCUAUUUGACUCAAUUAAUGUGAUCAGUUCCAUUCAGCUCGAUGAUCGACUCAAAUUGAUCUAAUCUAUUCCAUUGGCUCAAAAUAUUGUUUUAAUUUAUGCAAUAUCUUAUAAUUUUACUUUUAACUUAAAUCACAUUACAGUUGCAAUUUUAAACCGUCGAUUAACUUAAAUUAUCAAAUAGUUUGGAGGGUGGAACAUUGCAAUUCCAGCCGUUGCUCUUCUUCCCAUAUCGUGAUGUGAUUGAUGCGAUUACAGCCGUCGGAUUGAGAGAUAAUUCCACUUCGGCUCGAAAUCUCACUCCGUCUGCAUUGAUCUGGGGGCACCGCUUUCAUUGCACGAGGAAUAUAAACAAGCUCGCCUCGGCCUCGUCGUCAUCGUCUCCACCUCGCUCGCGCCGCUGAUCUGCUGCUGCUGCUCCUCUUCCUCCGCCUCCUCCUCCUCCUCCUCCGGUGUCUCUGGCGCAUUGUAGAGCUCUCGAGGCCGUCGAGUUUUGAGAGAUCAUAUUAGCAAUCACGUGGAAAAAUAGAACCAUGAGUUCACUUCAAAGAAAUCAUUCAGGCAAGAUUCGGCAUCGCAGACAUUCAACUGAGGCUGCUCCUGAUGUUAACGGUUCUGUUAAGCCUAGUUUACUUGUUAAUGAUCAAAACAAGUACAAAACUAUGCUUGUUCGGGCACAUUCAUCAUUGUGGAUGCUACUUGGGUUUGCAUUGGUUAUCUACAUGGGACAUCUAUAUAUUUGUGCUUUCGUUGUGGGCAUUCAAAUUAUUAUGGCACGGGAAUUAUUCGCAUUACGGAAACAAGCCUAUGAAGAUAAGAAACUGCCAGGGUUCAGAAUUUUAAUUUGGUACUUUUUUUUCACUGCAAUGUUAUUCGCUUAUGGGCGUUUCAUCAGUCGACAACUAGUGAACACGGUUACUUCAGAUAAACUAUAUUAUAAGGUUGUCAGUGGGCUUGUCAAAUAUCAGAUGGUGAUAUGCUAUUUCUUAUACAUAGCAGGUUUCAUGUGGUUUAUUCUUACACUAAAGAAGAGGACAUACAAGUACCAGUUUGGACAAUAUGCAUGGACUCACAUGAUACUUCUUCUAGUGUUUGCACAAUCUUCCUUUACUGUUGCAAAUAUUUUUGAAGGAAUUUUUUGGUUCCUGUUGCCUGCUUCUCUUAUUGCAAUCAAUGAUGUUGCUGCAUACUUCUUUGGCUUCUUCUUUGGGAGAACACCAUUGAUCAAAUUAUCUCCAAAGAAAACAUGGGAGGGUUUUAUUGGUGCAUCUUUUGCAACUAUUAUUUCUGCAUUUGUACUAGCAGAUAUAUUGGGGCGUUUCCGGUGGCUAACAUGUCCAAGGAAGGAUUUGUCCACUGGCUGGCUUCACUGUGAUCCCGGUCUACCAUUCAAGCCAGAAAGUUAUCCCUUACCGGGUUGGUUUCCAUGGAAGGAAUGGUCAGUUAUGCCCAUUCAGUGGCAUGCUUUAGCACUUGGACUCUUUGCAUCAAUCAUAGCACCUUUUGGAGGUUUCUUUGCAAGUGGUCUGAAGCGGGCUUUCAAGAUCAAGGAUUUUGGUGAUAGCAUUCCUGGACAUGGUGGGUUUACAGAUAGAAUGGAUUGCCAGAUGAUGAUGGCUGUCUUUGCAUACAUCUACCAUCAAUCCUUCGUCACAUCCCAGGGAUUUUCAGUGGAGUUGAUCCUCGAUCAGAUAAUAAACCAUUUGACCGAUCAAGAGCAGCAUGAUCUGCACUUUCAACUAGGGAAGAUUCUCAGGGGAAGGCUAGAAGAACUACUACUACAAUGAAUCGUGAUUUCUAGGGCAAGCAUUCGUUAUCAGUGUGUAAGCAUUGGCCGACAGCACUGUACAUAUCGGUAUCUUUCUAAACUCUUGGAAUAGAGAUGAAGUGUGUGUGUGUGUGUUUUUUUCGUUUUUGAGUUUGGAAGACGUAAUUGAGUUAGUAGUUUCCUGAACGCUCUCUGCUGCCCUUCCUGACAAGCCUCCCUUAUCAUCACACUGUCUUUCCUUUGUUUUGUUUUGUUUUGUUUUUGUUUUUGUUUUUGGAAUAAUAGAUUUGGACAUCUGUUUUUAA